UUGGAAGUAAACACAUUAAAGUUCAAUUUCAAAUUUAGAUUCUUUUAUCAAUUUAAUCGUGAUUUAAGUACUUUAAUUAACUGAAGGAAUAACGAAUUUAAUCAACAAAAGCCAAAAGUUUGCAAAAAUGUGGGAUGUUGUGAAAUCAGCAAAGGCUGAAAAUAAGCGAGAGAUAUCCCUUAAUGGACAGCAACUGACUGAUCUAUUAGAAGAGAAUAAUGGGAAGAUCGACGUCCAUUUAUUUAAGCUAAACCAACUGAACUUAUUAAGAUUGUCGAAUUCACCGCUUCUUUGUGAAAUCAAUGGAAAGUUGAAUGAUUUGAAUCAGUUACAGUCACUUCUAUUGUUUGGUAACAAGCUGAAUACAUUCCCUGAAAUCGAUCAACUUGUGAACCUCAAAAAUUUGGACCUGUCAAAGAAUCUUUUAACGUCUGUGGAUGUAGAUUUCACCAGCUUAACGCACUUGACAACUGUUAACUUAAGUGAUAAUGGAAUAUCCUCAUUUAACAUGAAGUCAUCAUCGAUUCACAUCCUUAAUCUAUCAGUCAAUAAGCUUGACAAAUUUCCUGAAAAUCUUCCAAUUUCAAUAACGGAAUUAAAUCUGUCCAAAAAUGAAAUCACGGAUAUUCCUGAGGACACUAAGCUAGCUAAUCUAAAGAUUUUUGAUGCAUCCGAGAACAAGAUAACUGCUGUGCCAAAGAGUCUUGCUGGGAUCAAAAUGAAAACAUUAAACUUCAAGCAAAAUCCACUCAAGGAUCGGAAGCUGUUCAAAUUAAUCGAUCAAAAUCAGUCAUUAAAAGCAAUCAUGGAUCACAUUCAAAAAUUAGGAAUUAGUUCUUUUGAGAGCAGUGCCAAAAGUGAUUCAAAAAGCAAACAGAACAAGUCUGAAUCAGAUCCAGAGCAAAAGAAAAUUGUCAUUAAAAAGUUUGAUGAUGAUUUCAAGAUUGAGUACGAUCAGACUGUAAAGGAUGUUCGUGGCUUCAUUUUAUGCUGUUUGGUGAAUAAUUUACAAUUUAAUGCUGGCAAUUUAAAAGAAUUCCUUCAGUUCCAAACUAAAUUACAUGACACAAUCUGUAAGAAACGUGAAUUGGCAACAAUUGCAACGCAUGACUUUAAAUUGAUUCAAUCAAAGCAUUUAAAGUAUGCAGCAAAGCAUAAAAAUAAUGUUAAAAUUCAGCCAUUAAAUCGAGGCGAGAAGAUUUAUAGCGGUUCCGAAUAUUUUGAGGCAUUAAAGAACGAGGCAGAAGCAUUUCGUAAGGAAAAGAAACGAUCACAAGUCACUGGAGUUUACAAGUUCCUUCAAUUGCUGGAAGAUAAAGCUGAAUUUGCAUUUUUGGAAACUGAUUCUCACGUGUGUCUUAGCCUUCCACCGCUCACCAACUCUGAAAAUACAAAAAUGUCAGUAAACACGACGCAAUUAUUAAUUGAAGUCACCAGCCAUCACAAUGCAGCUAUAUGCAGCAAAGUAAUGCAAGAAUUGAUAUCAAAAUUAAAUGAAAUAAGUCAUGCGAUGGGAAAUAAUACAUUGGAACUGCAGCAAGUUAAAAUUGUUGGAAAUGAUGGUGUAUUGAAGACUUUAUAUCCUUCAAAGAUUGAUUUGAAGGAACUUGAAAAUGAUUUAUUGCAAAUAAUUCGUCCAUGAACUUCAAUUUAUUUCAAACAACCGGAAAAUGUGAAGGAUAUACAAAGUGCAGAUUAGAUUCAUAAUUAAAAUGAUGCAGGACUGCUUCUAAGGAUUAUUAAAAAUGCAAUUAACUGACAUAUUAAAAAUUAAAAACUUCCUCACAAAAAUUAAAAAACUCACAAAUCAAUCCCUAGAAACUUCCUUUAAUCCAUAUCUGCGACUUAAAAAAAUGUAUAAGCACAAGAAACUUUAAAAUACAAUAAAAUGUUCAUCCUCAAUCUGAUGAAUCUGAAUGCCUUCGCCUCUUUUUCUUGUCAGAGCGUUUCGAUGAUCUUGAAAGAGAUCGCCUGCGCUUUUCUUCUUCCUCUUUUUCUUUUUCCUUUACAAUAAUUUCCAAUACUUUCUUAGCUUCCAAUACUCGACGCUCCAAAUCCUCAAUAUCAGUUUCAUUGUAUUUCAUCUUUGGAUUUUCAUCAAUUUUCUUUGAGUUUUCGACAACUUCUUCUGGUUUUUUGGGCUGUUGAGGAGACAAUGAUCGUUUUCGUUCUGAUGAUCUGCGUCUGUUGUAACUGAAAUUGAAAUAAAUUGCGACUUUUGCGUCUGACUCUUUCAUCUCUGUAGUUUCUAUUUCUUCCAAAAUUAUCUUGAUUCCUGUCUCGAUCUCUAUCAUCUCGACGGAAUCGAUCAAAACGAUUAUUGCGUUCAAAGUUCCUUCCAUCGUUUUGUCUUCUACGAUAAUCAGGAAAAUCUUUUCGGUCACGAUUUCGUCGAUCGAAUUCUUUAGAACGUGAUUUGCUACGUUUACGAAUAUUCUUAAUGCGAUCUGGACUUUUAGACAUUUCAAUUCUGAUGCGUGCUUUUUGGUUUGUUUCAACAAUUUUCUUUUCAGGUUUUUGUAAUUCCUCUACAAUGUCAUCAGCUUCAUAGUCAAGUUCAUCAUUAAUUGAUUUUUCAGGUUCUUUUGGAUAUUCAAUUUCAACUCGUGCAGCUGUUGUAGUCUCUUGACCAAGUUCAAAGAAUGAUUUUUUGCCGUCACCACGAGAAAUUGCUUCAUGUCUCUUUUUCCGUUCUUCUGUACGCCUUUUUAUUUCAUCCUCACGUUGUCUCUUUACUUCUUCUAAUUUCUCAAAUUCUGAGAAUUUAAUCAGCUUUCGUGUUGCUGCCUUCCAGUGUUCAGGAGUAACGGAACGUGAACGUGAUCUGGAUGGUGUUCGAUAUCGGAAACUUCCACGACCUUUAAUAACGCGUCCACUUCUAGAUUGAGGUACAUAGCGCUUUGACCAACCAAAAUUCUUUUCACGACGAUUGUCACUUCCAUUUCGAUCCUCACUGCGUCUGUUUUUAUCAUCAUCAUCGCGAGGUCUUUCAGAUCGCAUUAGAAAUUUAUUAUUAACUUCUGGAAUUUCUUUUGGGUCGAUUUUUGUGACUGAAACUAAAGGAUUAAGACAUUCCGUGUCAGAUUCCAAUUCACCCUCUUCGAUUGACGACUCAGCAUUCCUAGGAGUAAUAUUAUUGUAAAAUUAUUAAAUAUUUUCACGUGAUUUAUUUAUGACUUACUCUUUGUGCUUUGAAGCUUUUUUGGAUUUUUUCUUUUCCUUUUUCUUCUUUCGUUUCUUUUUUUUCUCAUCUUCUGAUGACGAGUCGCUGGAUGUGCUGUCUGAUGAGUCACUAACUUCAACCUUUUUCUUCUUCUUCUCUUUUUUCU